AUGGCUGUUUCCGCUCGCAGUGCCUAUCGCCAGCUUCUCCGCGCCACCCGGGUCGCUUUUGAAAAUGACACCCGUGUGAUGCUUGCUGCCCGUCAAGAGGCCCGUCGGAACUUCGAUGACCACUCCCGUGUCGGAAUCGACACCCCGAUGCAGAUCAACCACGCCGUGGAGGUGGCCAACAUUCUGAAGCAUAACCUCGUGCAAGGGUCUCGGGCGGCCGGGGAUGAGAGUGCGAGAUGGGAACUUAAUAUCCACGACAACAUCGAACGCGGCGAUAACGACUCGAUCAAGGUUGGCGGCAAGAAUGUCAAGGUUGACAAGCCAUGCUCUGCUUAG